UGUUGGCUAGCAGACUUGGAACAGCUCCUAGAUUUUAGGAGAAAUAACAAUCACCAAGUUUGAAUUUGCUAAACCUUUAGGUUUUGCUGGCAAGAAAGAAGCAUACCACUUUUAAAGCAUAAAAUGGAUAUGGAAGACAUAGGCUCUGGUAAGCUUGGCCAAAUACUGAAGCAGGUUUGGAGACAAGACCUGAUGCUAAAGCAGGCACUCGUAGGCGAGGCCCUUUGUGAGGAGGCUGGCGGGCCCACUUGGAUAGCUACAGUGAUCUUUCUGGGUCAAGGGUUCAGUGGGGCUCUCCAGCAACUGUUGGAGCACACUGCAGGGACCCUACGUUCCACCUGCCAGCAGCUGCAGGUACUGCUUGACAAGGAGAAUCAAUGCACGUGGAGACAAGAAAUCAUUACAUUCAUAGACUGCCUCAUGAAAAUAAAUGAAUAUUUGGGGACCACAGCUACACUUCUAAAGAAAAAAGAAAAGGAGAUGUGUAAUUUAUGCGGCAAGCGUGCUGAAUGUACUCCACUGCAGACAAUGUCCACUAUUCAAGAUAUCAAGGCAACAGACAUUGCUGCCAGAGGGGAAUUAGAUGUCAUAGAAACAGCUAAUGUGUCUCCCACAAAUGGAGAGGAGUGUCAUUGCAAAAAACAGGUCCAGCUAAAAAAAAAUAAAACCCAUAUGAGUUCAGAAUUAAUGGAAAAAGAAAAUAACACAUCACUGAAUGGAGAUGUAAUAAGGCAAGAGGAGUCACAGAACAAAAUGUUCCCAGAUAAUGCAGAAAAUGAAGAUGAUAAACAAAUAGAACACAUGUCUAUUGAGGACAUUGAUGGCAACAAGAAAGAGAUUCAUGACAUAAUCCAGACCACAGAAAGAGAAAUUCAAGAGAUCUUGGAAAGCCAAAGAGAAGAGAUUACCACAUCCUCACUAACAUGCGAUAACGUCAAUAAAUAUGUGAAUAGUCUUCUUCCUAAUAAUGCAGAUAUUCUAAGUCAAAAGAAUAACAUAAUGGAAAAAGAGUAUUUUGAUGUGCUAAGUGCUAAUAUUGGCCCUGAAGUAUCUUGUUAUAUUAGAGCACCAUCGUAUGUUCUACAACACCUAGAAUGCCGGAUAAUUAAUAGCAUGAGUUCUUUAGUAGUGAGUGAUAAUGAAGAGUUGGUCAGCAAUGUCAUCACUAUUGAGUUCUCAGAUCAAGAAAUGAGAAUCCCUUUUCCAAUAUGUAUUGCAAUCCCAUUUACUGCACAUUACAAGGGAAAUUACAGAGACAUCAUGGUGAAAGUGUAUGACAUAAAUCUUCAACCAAGUUACCUAAUUCCAAAUUCACUGGAAGGAGUAAGAGGGAGUUAUAAGGGCACCUGUGCUGAAGUGAAAGUUUACAAAUUGGGUAUCUUUUCUGUUGUGUCUUGUUUAAAGAAAGAGUCCUUCAUAGUUACAAAGAAAGGUCUAACUCUUAAGCCAAGCAUGGAUUCCAGAAUAUCCUUAAACUACCCUCCAGGAGCUUUCAACUCACCAGUGCUUGUACAAUUAAAGGUUCAACCCAUUGACCCAUCUUUGGUGGUACAUUUAAAAGCAAAGCAAGAUACUGCCUAUUCAGUGAUAUCCACAAGCCCUCUGAUUCAUGUUCAGCACCCAUCAACACAUCCUUUUCAGAAGUCAGUCACUGUGUUUCUACCCUGCUCUCCACUCCCUGAUAAAAAGAAUCUGGGGUCUGAGAUAAAUCAUAAAAGAACAGCCAGUGUCAUGAGAAACAGGGUAAUACCUUUAUACUUUAACUGGACAAAAAGUGCUUCCAUAAGAAAAUCUGGAAACAUUGCCUGUGAAACUCUGAAAUUACUGGGAUUCAGAAGUCGAGAUGGCGGUUGGUUUGGGCUUGAUGAUACUGUGGUGAGAACGAUGCAGAGUGGCUUGGUAUCCUUUGAACUGUGUGAACAUUUAGAAAGGUUUAUUGUGCUUCAUCUCUCCUCCAUGGUGGACAAUAGCCAUUUGAUUUCUUUUGUGAAAUCUUUAGAGGAAGCCACACUCAGCACCACUGCCUGCAUAGUACUGUAUCACCAAAAAAACAAUCCACAUAGAGCAGUUAUUUCAGUGGUGCCCUCUAAGGAUUUAAACCAGGAGCUUAACAACUUGCGAUUGGAAGGAUUUAGAGGUCCUCCAGAGCCUUCUCAUCAUUUCCAAUUAAAAGAAGGAGAACAACUUCUCUUAAGGUUUACUGGAAACAUAUUUGCUUCAAGCAAUGGAAAGGAUUAUGCAAGAGACUACAAGCUUAUUUUUCACUUACAAAGAAAACCCAGGCUGGAACUCCAACUCAAAGAGGUGGAUGAAUUUGGAAACUAUAGCUGCCCUCAUUAUAAGGGCACCAUUAUAGGUUACAAAGUACCUAAAGAAAAGAUUGUCCUUAACUUGGAUCAAUCUCUUGUAAUUAAUGAAAACCAUUGUCAGUUGCCAAUUUGCAGAUUACCAUUGAGCUUGCCAAAGCAUGAAAAAUUAAUCAACCGUCCACAGAGUACCAAAAGAAUUUCUACAGAUCCUCUAGAAGCCCUUUGGGAUAACUUGCUCUACUGGCUGGCAGAGGAGCUCUCGGAGGAAAACACUGCAUCUCUGUGCUCAUCCCUCCCCCUGCGCCGCGGCACCAUUCAGCUCAUCAAACUGAAGAACCCCGACAGUCUCACAGAGCAGAUCCAUGAGCUCCUUUGCUUCUGGAAGAAAUCACUCCCAACUUCCACAGAUAAACUUCGCCUUCUGGCUCGUCAUCUCCGCAAGAUUGGUAGGGGUGAUCUUUCAGAAGAGCUCAAAUUCAAGUGGGAACAUAAAGUGUUCACUGAAUCACAGCAAUGGUUUGAUACAGAAGAGUAGAAGCCGGGUUGUCCUUUCUUUUGCCCUAGAAAAAUGUCAUGGUUGGUUUUUAAAAUAGUUUCUGUCAACAUUUUACUGGCAGUUUCCACGUAACGCUGUUCUAAGUGAAUCUAUAUGAUAGAUGUGCUAUUAAGAAAUCAAUGGAGACAAGUAGAGAAGCACUGGUCAGACAAUAAAAGGCAUUCCUGGGUUUGAGUGCUCUUUUCUGGUUCAGUGGUGAGUGUUCUGUAAGCACGAUUGUCUUGAGUACAGCCAAACUAAAUUGCAUUUGUAAUAGAGUUUGUCCUGUUUCCAUUUUAAUAGUUGAGAUUUCAAGUGGAAAGGAGAUAUAUGAUGCACAGAUUCACUGUUUUUGUCAGUAUCUGAACAAAAUUAAACAAGUUACCCAUGAGUCCAACAACUAAUUCACGUUAUGUAGAUACUGCAGAGCCCACAGGUAACAAAAUUAGAUAACUGAUGUUUACAAUAGCAAGUCUCUUUAAGAAAACAAAAAAAUUGGGAUAAAUUUAAUGUAGAGUAACAUUUCAUCCAUUUACUGCCACAAAUGUUUAUUUUAUACAAAUUUAGUUUAGGAUAGAGAAAAUAUCACAUUUUAUUAUUAGUGAAAUGAGGCAGUGCAGAGAAAAUGAAGUGUCAGUAAAAGAAUUCAGAUUACCUGCUUGGAAAUCAACUGGACAGAAAUCUUACUAUACAAGCCCAAUAUGCUCAUUAUUUUUUUAAAAUUUAAAAGUACCACAAAAACUAAAAGAAAAAAAUAACACUUACCUUAACUUCUCUAUCCUUUGAUAAUCUCUUUAAAUGUCUUAAUGUAUAAACUUUGAGUCUUUGGAAAACCUAAAGCACUUUAACUCCCUGAAGCAGUUUGAUACAAAUGGGACAUUGCAUUAGCUUAACCAAUUUAUUAAUGCAAAACCAUCAGGGCCUUGGUUUGCAAACAUCAGUAGCAAUUAUUUUCAGUUAUUGAAUGCUUAGAAAUUAAUGAAACUCCAUGAAAAAUUAAACAUUUAGAUGUCACUCCAAUUUAAAGGCAAGAUUUCUGUCUACAAAUUAACACACACACACACACUCCAUUUCUUCAGUUCCCGCAUAAACACACUCUCAGUCUUACAAAAUGCAUUUAAAAACACAAAUCCCUUUCCACACACCACUCACAGACAUACCCUCAAACAAGCAUACAUAAUUCUUAUACACACAGUCUCACAUCCACCUAUACAAUCUCACACACUCACUCCCAUCUCUCUCUCAUACACACUCAUUCACAUACAUACAUAUUUAUUCACAUACAUACCCUUAGACACACACAAACUACUUCACACACAUAUACACACUGACUCACAUUUUUCCUCAUAAAUAAAAAAGUAUAUAUAUUGUAACAGUAAAACAAUAUAAAGAUAAAUGGAGAAAAAAAUCAAUCACCUCUCGGUACCAUUUCCCUUAGGAAAUCAAAGGAAUCAGCCUGAUGUGUGAAUUUGUCUCUUGUGUUGAAAUCUUGCCUUGAUGCACACUUAGUUUUUGUUGUGACUUAUAUGGACCACACUGGUGAUGCCUCCGACUUCUAGUUGGGUUUGGCUAAUGAGGAGUAUUUAGCAGGCAACUGGCAGGGAGGGAGAAGAGUGAGUUAGACUAUUCCUCUGUCUUCCUCCUUGUGAAUUCACCAUGGCCUGCGGGACACUGUUAUCGAGUUCCGACUUGGCGGGCCUGGGCCAGGGGAACUGAUCAGCCCCUAGGAAAGGUAGUGGGGCACGGGUG